AUGCGGCUCCAGGCGUCGCUGUUCCUCCGCCGCUUGCUCCACCCGCGCGCGUUUCUCGGCACCAAAUGCGCAGCCGUCGCGCUCUUUUUCCUGCUUGUAACGGGGAUAUGCGCCGCUAUGGCGGGCGCGGCUGGGGGAUGGGCGGCGCGCGCGGACUGGGUGGUGGCGGAAGAGGCGCGCGGGGGAGGCUUGCCGGGGGAGGUUCUUGUGGCGGUUGGCAGCAGUAGCGGGUGUGACACUAACGAGCGAGUCAGUGUUCCUUUACCGGGGGAUGGAGAUGGAAGUUCAGCAGACGAAGAGUCUGGAUCUAUGGUCUUCCUGUCGAUCGGGGAUUUCGGAAACGCGAACGACUCUCAAAAAGCUGUGGCGGCACAGAUGGGGGCAGUAGCAGAGGCAGCGGGGGCGCGCUUUGUGGUGUCAGUGGGGGACAACGUGUAUGACAACGGGGUCACAGGGGAGGCAGACCCGCUCUUCCACCGCGUGUUUGAAGGCGUCUACACACACCCUGCGCUGCAAGUGCGAUGGUACAUGUCGCUGGGCGAUCACGACAACAAGGGCAGCGUGGCAGCGCAGGUGGCUCACUCGCACGACUCCACCAAGUGGUACCUCCCUGCGCCCUACUACUCCCUCUCCCUGCCGCUGCCCCGCGCUCGCCCUGCUGCCUCCUCCGGCACAGGCGAUGUAGGAGAAGGAGGAGGGAGGGGAGAGGGGGAAGCGGGGGCGGAUGGGGUAGGCGCAGGAGAGGCAGGGGGAGCAGGAGUGGGAGGGGGAGGGGGAGGAGGUGAGGGCAGCAGUGGUGAUGGUGGUGAUGGUAGCAGUGGGGGAGGCGCAGAGGAGCAUAUAGACUUCUUCUUUACCAACUCCAUUGGCCUCGAGGGAGUGCUGGGAGCUUCCAAUGACAAUGACCGGCGAUUCUUCUCCAACUACUCCCUUGACCUCGUCGGCCCGCAGGUGCAUAUCUGA